UCUCGCGAGAGAUGAGCGCGCCUGGCCGGACGAGAGGAAAGUAUCAGCUCCGCUGAGGGGGGGAAGAAGGAGCUGGAGACAGAUUGUGGGACCGAGCACGGGCGGGCGGGAGGCGACGGAGCUGCCAGCGGCUCCGCUCUGCUACAUGAAAUAUGGGAGACGACAGACCGUUUGUGUGCAAUGCCCCGGGCUGUGGACAGAGAUUUACAAACGAGGACCACCUGGCAGUUCAUAAACACAAGCAUGAGAUGACAUUGAAAUUUGGCCCAGCCCGAACUGACUCAGUCAUCAUUGCAGAUCAAACUCCUACUCCAACUAGAUUCCUGAAGAACUGUGAGGAGGUGGGGCUCUUCAAUGAACUAGCUAGCUCCUUUGAACAUGAAUUCAAGAAAGCUGCAGAUGAGGAUGAGAAAAAGCAGGCUGCUGCAGGGCCCCUUGACAUGUCUCUGCCUUCCACACCAGACAUUAAAAUCAAAGAAGAGGGGCCAGUGGAGGUAGACUCAUCCCCACCUGACAGCCCUGUCUCCAGCCCCUGCUCCCCGGUGCUCAAGGACAAGGAAAUUGCCCCCAAGCCUAUUGUGAUAUCUACCCCAACGCCUACCAUUGUACGCCCUGGCUCCCUGCCUCUCCACUUGGGCUAUGAUCCACUUCACCCAACCCUUCCCUCCCCAACCUCUGUCAUCACACAGGCUCCACCAUCCAACAGGCAACUGGGGUCUCCCACUGGCUCCCUUCCUCUCGUCAUGCAUCUUGCUAAUGGGCAGACCAUGCCUGUGCUGCCAGGGCCUCCAGUACAGAUGCCUUCUGUUAUAUCGCUGGCCAGACCUGUGUCUAUGGUGCCCAACAUUCCUGGUAUCCCUGGCCCACCAGUUAACAGCAGUGGCUCCAUUUCUCCCUCUGGCCACCCUAUGCCAUCAGAAGCCAAGAUGAGACUAAAAGCCACCCUAACCAACCAAGUCUCCUCAAUCAAUGGUGGUUGUGGAAUGGUGGUGGGUACUGCCAGCACCAUGGUGACAGCCCGUCCUGAGCAGAGCCAGAUCCUCAUCCAGCACCCUGAUGCCCCAUCCCCUGCCCAGCCACAGGUCUCACCAGCCCAGCCCACUCCGAGUACAGGAGGGCGCCGGCGGCGCACAGUGGAUGAAGAUCCGGAUGAGCGGCGGCAGCGCUUUCUGGAGCGCAACCGGGCUGCUGCCUCUCGCUGCCGUCAGAAGCGGAAGCUAUGGGUGUCCUCCCUAGAGAAGAAGGCAGAGGAACUCACUUCUCAGAACAUUCAGCUGAGUAAUGAAGUCACAUUACUACGCAAUGAGGUGGCUCAGUUGAAACAGCUGCUGUUAGCUCAUAAAGACUGUCCAGUCACUGCACUACAGAAAAAGACCCAAGGCUACUUAGAAAGCCCCAAGGAAAGCUCGGAGCCGACGGGUUCUCCAGCCCCUGUGAUUCAGCACAGCUCAGCAACAGCACCCAGCAAUGGCCUCAGUGUUCGCUCUGCAGCUGAAGCGGUGGCCACCUCAGUCCUCACGCAGAUGGCCAGCCAAAGGACAGAACUGAGCAUGCCGAUACAGUCGCAUGUGAUUAUGACUCCACAGUCCCAGUCUGCGGGCAGAUGAUGCCUCCCCUGGUGGAGAGGUCCCCAGCCAGAGCUCGCCCGUUCAAGAGCCAAGAAAGAUGUCAUCUUAUCCCCUCCCAUCUGUCCUGGACAUGGCAGUAUGGGGGGGAACUGUGUGUUGUGAGUAAAGGACAGAUGUGGGGCUUUUCUCUUCAGCCACAUGGUUGUGUACGUUGACACCUGUACUAGGAGCCUCCCAGCCCCAGAGCCACAUCGAUCAUCCCCUAAGCGGGGGUUUCUGAUGUCCUCACAGCCAAAGGCCCUUCCAGAUGGUCUGAACAGUCAAUCACCCUUGCCCACGCACCUGUGCUUCUCUCUUUUAACACUAACCCUUGCACUUCCAGGUUUCAGGUUUCCCAGUUUCCUCUCUUCCCAAUAAGCCAUAACUGUUACCUUCUUGUUCCUUAGCAGCAUGUCACUACCUGCUAGGUAGAGAGAGCCAGAAUUGAUGGAGUAUCACCUGCUAACCCAUCUCUAGCCCCCUCAUGGACUCAGGACAUUGUGUCCCAGUAGCUGCUUAUAUCCCUUUUUACCCAUCCAAAAUUCUAGUCAAAAUACUCACUUAGGGAGAUUGUAAAGUUACCUUUGAUGUAUGAAGUAGCAAUAUUUUUUCCAGCUCUUCCAUAAACUUUAGACCUUCUCCAUAUCUUCUACCAAAA